AUGGCUAGGCCUAUCAAUACAAACAGCGAAACAGAAUCAAGAGGGAGGGCCUCUCAGGGCGGUAGUUACGCAAAUAACAAUAACAGCAACAAUAUUAAUAAUAGUACUAAUAAUAACAAUAUUAAUAACAUUAAUAAUAUUAAUAAUAAUAAUAAUAAUAAUAAUAAUAAUAAUAAUAAUAAUAAUGGUAACGGGCCUACCUCUGGCAGCAGAACCAAUGGGAAGCAACGACUCACAGCAGCUCAACAACAGUAUCUCAAAAAUCUCAUAGAGACACAUAUCACUGACAACCACCCCGAUCUUCGCUCCAAGAGCCACCCAAUGGAUUUUGAAGAGUAUACAGAUGCUUUUCUGAGAAGGUACAAGGACCACUUCCAAUUGGACGUACCGGACAACCUGACCCUGCAGGGAUACCUGUUGGGCUCCAAAUUGGGCGCAAAGACUUACUCCUACAAAAGAAACACCCAGGGUCAGCACGACAAAAGGAUUCACAAGAAGGACCUGGCCAAUGUUGUGAGAAGGCAUUUCGAUGAGCAUUCUAUAAAAGAGACUGACUGCAUACCACAAUUCAUAUAUAAAGUGAAAAACCAGAAAAAGAAAUUCAAGAUGGAAUUUCGGAGCUGA